AUGGCAAACGGCCACAUCGCCCAUUGCCUCGGCGGCAUCCUUGCCAGGCGGGCCACCGCUGCCGUCGCUGUCUCCGGCGGCCUCCGCCUGACCGGCGCGGAGCUCGUCGACGACGUGCGCGGGCUGGCCGCCGGCCUAUGGGAGAGUGGUCUCCGUCCAGGCGACGUCGUCGCCGUCGUCGGCUUCAACAGCGUUGACUACAUGGAGCUCUUGCUGGCCAUCCCUUACAUCGGAGCAAUCAUCGCCCCUCUCAACUACCGCUGGAGCUUCGAGGAGACGACACAGGCGCUAGAGCUUGUGCGGCCUUCGGCGUUCAUCUUUGAUGGAAGUUACAGCUCAUGGGCGCUCUGGUUGAUGGAGAGCAAGAGAUUCUCAACCAUUGGUCUUUACCUCACAAUGGGGGACCCUGCCAGCACUAGCGAACCUGCAAACUUCGUGUCGCUUAAUCAUACCAAGAACACUUUCAGAGGAACUACGGUGAUGGAGCCUGUGUCGGCUCCAAGCGAUGUAGCUUUGAUAUGUUUUACAUCUGGAACCACUGGACGGCCAAAGGGCGUAGCAAUAAGCCAUACAUCUUUGAUCGUUCAAUCCCUUGCGAAAAUCGCCCUUGUCGGCUACGGUGAGGAUGAUGUCUACCUGCAUACAGCCCCCCUGUGCCAUAUCGGAGGGAUCUCCUCAUGCUUGGCCAUCCUGAUGGCUGGAGGCUGCCAUGUCCUGAUACCUAAAUUUGACGCAAAAUCGGCUACUGAAGCCAUCCGGGAACACAAAGUGACCUGUUUCAUUACCGUUCCCGCAAUCAUGGCUGACCUACUGUCCUAUGCUCAGAAAGACAAGAUAUCAAGGUGCGGGACAGUGACCAAGAUCCUCAAUGGUGGUGGGGGGCUGUCAGAUGAGCUCAUAAAUGGAGCGUCUCACUUAUUUAUUCAUGCUACUAUCGUUUCAGCUUAUGGGAUGACUGAAGCUUGUUCAUCUCUGACAUUCAUGCCUAUCAACAAGCCAGAAUUUCAUGAAACCAAGAACAAGUCAAGCAACCAAUGUGAAGGCGUGUGUGUUGGAAAGCCAGCACCGCAUGUCGAGAUACAAAUUGGUAGAGAUGAAAGUAACAGUAGUUCUUCACCAAUGGGGAAAAUCUUGACAAGAGGCUUGCACACAAUGGUUGGAUACUGGGGGAAUAAUAUGGUUGCCACACCAGAAUCUGUCAGGAAUGGAUGGCUUGACACUGGGGACACUGGGUGGAUAGAUAGAACUGGUAAUUUAUGGCUCAUGGGGCGACAAAAAGGUCGAAUCAAAAGCGGAGGGGAAAAUGUUUAUCCGGAAGAGGUAGAGUUAGUACUAUCACAACACUCAGGGGUAGCUAAAGCUGUGGUUUUUGGUGUACCGGAUAGUCGUCUUGGGGAGAAAAUUGUUGCAUGUGUUAGCAUCAGGAAUAACUGGAGGUGGGUUGGUGCAAGGGCUGAGCACGAAGGAGAAGGUAAAGAAGUGUCAGCGCAGAUCCUUCAAGAACACUGCAGGAUAAAAAAUCUGAGCAGAUUCAAGGUGCCAAAGAUAUAUUAUCAGUGGAGCAGGCCGUUUCCGGUGACCACCACAGGGAAAAUUAAAAGAGAGGAGCUGAAGGCUGAGAUCUUGGCAUGCACGCAGCUACGUAGCAGUUUGUAGCUUUAGGCCCUGGACCAACAAUGGAAGCAACCACAUGAAAAAUCUUAUCUCCAUCUACGAUAUUCAAUAGUGGCAGCAACCACAUGGGAUUCUUCUGUCAACCUACCAUUUUCAAUGGAGUUUCAGUUUUGUACAAGUUCACUCGUGCCGACAUGGUUCAGUUUGGAGGUUCAGCUGUAGACUUCGGUACUGAUCAUCUCUUGCUAGUUGCACCGUAUUCUUUCGGCUUUGUCAUUACUUGAUGAGAGUACUGUAGAUAAUUAUGUGCUCUCUGGUUGAUGAUAAGAGCUAAAAGUAAAUCUGGGCAAUUUGUCAAA